AUGGCAGCCCUUAAUCCACUAGAAACUACUACUGAUGGUUCAAGUUAUAGCACAAGUGGACAAACUCAGUCUCGCUGGUACGCAGACACCACCCCAACCAUGGCUAAGUAUGAAAUACAAAGGCCUAUUUUGUUCAACUGUUUUAUNUCACAAAUCGAUUUGUCUGCACUUACUUCAGAGAAUAGAAGUGCCGUUAAGUCCACAGUGGCUGACAAGGUAGAAGCUACCACGAUAGACAAAGUACUCAAUUCUACAAAAUCAGUAGAUGCAUCUUUAAACUUGGUCACAGGAGUAACUACUUCAUAUGGCUUACCAGUUUCACAGGUGACUCAAGACUUGUUACAAAGUGAACCUUUGCCACCAAAUCAAGCUAGUUUUAUUUCUGAACAAAACAAGCUUCACACGAAGGACUUGGAAGAUGUCCAAACCACUGAGGAAACUAGAGAAGGGAGACCAAGCUCUGAACAGAGACUUCAACCACCGGAAGAAUUCAACACUGUAUUACAAAGGUUGGUUUUUAUUUUCCCCCCAGACAGCAGUGUCAUCAUGCAAAUUUUCAUAACUAUCGUUUCAAUUUUCCUUUUCUCCUGUUUUGUGUUUCAUGAGCUUGUAAAUUUCUUGAUGCAUUUUUAUUCUCUUUAAGACCAGUACUCGGAUUCUGUUUGUGGUUUAAUUCAUAUUGCUGAACAACCGACUCCCCAGCCAUCCCCACUUCCUAAAAAGGCUAUAUCUUGCAUUCAACUUACCAAUUAUUUUGAGAAGCUUGCAAAAUGGCGUGGUACUAGCAUGGAUACUUUUGCAAGUAUAUGUGGUAGAUGCUAUGCUUCUUAAUAGUUCUCGUACAUAUCUGAUGAAAUUCAUUACAAAUUUGUUCAUGAAAUAUGAUUGAAUGACCAAAAAAAUAAAAGAUACUAAUCAAGUACAGUAAGUAAUAGAACUAGAACUCUUCACUUUGAAAUUUAAUCUCUCUAGUGUCCAUUGAUGAUCCAAAAGGCCUGAGGGUGUAGCUUCAAAGUACAUAAGUUAGUUUUAGUGGUUUUGAAAUUAAUCCUGCA